AUGAAGGUGAUAGCUGCAUACUUGCUCGCCGUUCUUGGAGGCAACAACACCCCCUCCGCCGAAACCAUCAAGGACAUCCUUGGAUCCGUUGGAGCAGAAGCGGAAGAUGGAAACAUUGAAUUGUUUUUGUCUGAAAUUAAGGGCAAAGAUAUAGCCGAGGUGAUUGCUUCUGGCAAGGAAAAGUUGGCAUCAGUGCCUUCUGGUGGUGGUGGCGUUGCCGCUGCUGGUGCCGCACCUGCUAGCGGUGCUGCUGCCCCCGCAGCUGCCGAGGCAAAGAAAGAGGAGAAGGUGGAGGAGAAAGAGGAAUCUGAUGAUGAUAUGGGAUUCAGCCUUUUUGAUUAA